CGCGUACAAGUCUCGUGGGUAGCGGAUGCCAGCAAAGAUUUCGCAAAACUCGUUCGUUGCGACGCAGGCUUAGCAGAUUUUUGAAUUUCACACCGAAGCGAUCGAAGCUAUAUAAUCGUAUUUGUGGAAGCAAGAGGCCAUUGUAGAAUUUAAAAAUGGCAGCCGUCAACGCAACGCAGGUGGACUAUUGGAACUUUCUGUUCACAGAUCUGGCAGAUCCCCGCACCAAUGACUGGUUCCUCAUCAAGUCACCGCUGCCCCUUCUGGGCAUUCUCGCAUUCUCUUUCUUCGUGCUGUCCUGGGGACAGUUCAUGAAGGAUCGCAAGCCCUUCAAGCUGGAACGCACCCUGCUCGUCUACAACUUCUUCCAGGUGGCCCUCAGUGUGUGGAUGGUCUACGAGGGCGUGGUCAUCUGGCAGUACUACAGCUGGCGGUGCCAGCCGGUGGACUGGUCCCGCACCCCCAAGGCCUAUCGUGAGGCCCGCGUCGUCUAUGUCUAUUACCUGGCCAAGAUCACCGAGCUGCUGGAUACCAUCUUCUUUGUGCUGCGCAAGAACGACCGCCAGGUGACCUUCCUGCAUGUGUACCAUCACACCGUCAUGCCCAUGAUCAGCUGGGGCACCAGCAAGUACUAUCCCGGCGGACAUGGUACCUUCAUCGGCUGGAUCAACUCCUUCGUGCACAUCAUCAUGUACUCCUACUACUUCCUCUCCGCCUUCGGACCCCAGAUGCAGAAGUACCUGUGGUGGAAGAAGCACAUCACCAACCUGCAGAUGAUCCAGUUCUGCUGCGCCUUCAUCCACCAGACCCAGCUGCUGUACACGGAUUGUGGCUACCCCAGGUGGUCGGUGUGCUUCACCCUGCCCAACGCAGUCUUCUUCUACUUCCUGUUCAACGACUUCUACCAGAAGUCCUACAAGAAGAAACAGGAGGCCGCCAAGGCAAAGGCUCUGUCGGCGGACAACAACAACGAUGGAUGUGCCAAGGACCUCAACAAGGCGAUUGAACUGCAGCAGGAGAAGCAGAAGGCCUUGUAGAAGGGGUCUAGAGACCAAACACCCACACCCACCCAACCUCACCCACCACCCGCCCGCACCACCCCCACAAUCCCCCUUCAAUACUCGUACAAAAAGCGGGACAAACCACCCAUGUUCUAUGUGCAACCUUGUUGACUAAUUUCUUAAGUAAUCCGCCGCCAAAAAGACGUUAAGCACGCAAAAAUAAGAAAAUAA